AUGCAAGACGACUACGCCAGCCUCGUGCUCAUGUACUCGAUGAGUCCCGUACCGCGUGUUUUGGAUCGAAGCACGUACCUCUGCGCCGGUGGCAGUCUCUUUUGCGGCGAAAUUCCCUCCAACUUUAACCUUUCCCUUGGCUUGUCGCUGUUUACGGGCGUCGAUACCAUGUGCUACACGAGCUUCAACGAAUGGGUCUUUGUGAAUCCAAUGCAAGCCGUCUUUGGCGUCAUUGCCUCGGGUAUCGCGCUCGACCCAACAAACUUGAUUCCUCUCGCCUGUGCCGCCGAGGUCAUUGCGCCAGCCCAGUGUCUCGCCUUUCUGGUCAGUGUCUCUGAUUUUGUCUCGACCUACUUUCCCACGAGCUCCCUGCAAGCCUAUCGAUCGCGAGCGACAUUUGUCGAAGCGGAUGUGAUCGCGACCUCGGUCGGUAUCAUGCAGUACGUUCGGCACGUGCCCACCAACCGCAUCGAGCUCUUCCACCAAGUGCUUUUCGACCCGACGGAUGCAACGAUGAUGUACACAAGCUACGCACUCGCCAGUGUCGAGAUGCCCCUCAACGUCGCCACGUACCUCCGAGGUCUCUGCCAGUACGUCUCGUUCGUUUUGGCCGCGAUCGCCUUGGUCGCGGGUCUCUACACGCUAGCAAAUGGCUGCACGAGCGAGGGCUACAACCUUUUUGAAGUCAACCGCGUCGGUGGCUUGACGUGGAUUGGACGUCCACUGCUCUUGGUUCGGAGUGUCACGGCGCUCUGUAUUCUCAGCACAGCCACGCUCCAGCUCCACAAGAAUGGGAUCACGACGCAACUGAUUGCGUCGCGAGAGGAUGUGUCGUCGGUGGUUAACAACGUCAUCAAGAUCCUCGCAGCGAGCGAGCUCGGCUGGCUCGUCUACAUCUUUGACGACGUAUGCAUGGCGUGGACGCGCCAGUACAGUGCGAGCUACACGGCUAAGACAGCGACGACUGCGUGGUUCAUCGCGGUUCUCUUGAGCUUCACGAGCCCUGUCUCGCACAGUGCAUCGAUCCAGCGGUCGUGCGAGAUUGUGGUAAUGGACUUUGAGAUGGUGUGUCACAGCGGCGUCGUCGCCAUCGGCUCGGUCGACCGAUUGCGACUCCUCGUGGGAAUCGCGGUCGGCGGGUCCAUCUUGAUGUACGUGCUGGAUCGAGCGUGGCAUGUGCUGCCACCGCUGAACGAGCGCGAUUCGUGCUUGGUGUCGUGCAGCGCCAAGUACCUCUUUGAAAGAAGAGGCUGGGUCUACGACCGCGUCUACUACCUGGACUUUGCGUCCGCCGCCUUGACCGGCCUUCUUGUCUGCACGUUCCAAGGUGACUACUACGUCUUCGACAUCAAGACGUGGAGGAUGCUG